CUCCUCCCUCCGUUAAGCUCCUCCUGGACGACCCCCUGGUGGUGAACACGGGGGAGACCAUCACUCUGGUCUGCGUGGCGUCAGGCGGAGACCCCGCUCCCUCCUUAGAGUGGGUGAGGCCUGGGGGGGAGGAUCUCCCGAAGAGGAGCGUCGUCAACGGCGGCACGCUGACAAUCCCCCGCCAUCAGCCUGGAACGGGGGGCGCCUACACCUGCCUGGGCUCCAACGACGUGGGGAACCCCGCCAAGAAGACCACCAUCAUACUGGUCAGAGGUCUUCGUAAAGGUCGGUUCUGGAUCACGCCCGACCCGUACCACAACGACGACAACAUCCAGAUCGGGCGGGAAGUGAAGAUCAGCUGCCAGGUGGAGGCCACGCCCCCCGAGGAGCUGCAGUUCAGCUGGCUGAAGAACGGCCGGCCGCUGAGGAGCUCCGAGCGGAUGGUCAUCACUCACACCGACACCGAGAUCACGCCGGGGACCACCAACCUCGACAUCAUCGACCUCAAGUUCACCGACUUCGGCACCUACACCUGCGUGGCGGCGCUGAGGAACGGAGGGACGCCCGAGAUCAGCAUCGACGUGAACAUCUCCUCCACCACAGUUCCUCCCGAGCUGUCGGUCCCCAGGGGGCGCUCUCACCUCAUCGCUCAGGAGGGCGACACGGUGGACCUGCAGUGUCUGGUCUCAGGGAAACCCAAGCCCAUCCUCCUGUGGUCCCGCGUGGAGGAGAGCGGAGCGGCGGCGGCGGCGGCUGCCACGGUGAUCCUGAUGCCCGACGGCUUGGAGCAGACGGAGAGCUACGACGGCGUCCUGAGGAUCAGCAACGUGAGCAGAGAGAUGGGCGGAGCCUACCGCUGCCAGACCAGCCAAUACAACGGCUUCAACGUGAAGCCCAGAGAGGCCCUGAUCCAGCUGGUGGUGCAGUUUCCUCCCAACGUGGAGCCGGAGUACACAGAGAUCCGGCAGGCUCUGGGCCGAGCGUUCAGCCUCACCUGCCGCCUGCUGAGAGCCCACCCUGCGCGCCUCCUCCGGUACGAGUGGAAGCUGGGGUCCCGCCUCCUCACCGUGGGACAGUUCAGCGAGCAGCGCGACGACACCAGCUACCAGGUCAAAGCUCUGAACCGCGAGGGCUACGGAGAGUACACCUGUGACAUCACCAACGAGGCCGGGGCGGGCCGCUGCACCUUCCUGGUCACAGGGAAGGCCCACGCUCCGGAGUUUUACUACGACACGUACAGCGCUCUGUGGCAGAACCGGCCUCGGGUCUACGGCUUCAAGCUGCAGUGGACCCAGAUGGAGCCCGGCGCCGUGGACCGGAUCCUGGCCUACAGACUCGGCAUCAGACAG